UUUGACUUUCUUUGUCAAUAUACCGCUCCUCAGAUCUCCAGAACAUUUGGCGGUGAGUUUGAGAAUUGCUUUGUGCUACAGGCUACACAUUAUAAGCCGGUUGUUCGACGUGCUGCAAUCGCGCUCGGCUUUUUGCACGAGAAGUUCACGUUACAUGAUGGUACUUUGACAAGAAGAAGGGCAACAAGUGAGGACGAGAACUUUGCUCUAAGCCAGUAUGUAAAAGUACUAGGAACUCUACUGCAGCCAGCGAAGGCGGAAAGGCAGCAAGCAGCUGAUGUGGCCUUGAUGACUUGCAUCCUAGUCGUCUGAUUCGAAGACCUUACACCACGGCGCGGCACUCAAGCAUGUCGACGCAGACAUCAAGAUACUCUUCGAGCUCUCAUCAAUACCGAUGUCUUCCAGCCUCUCUGUAUCGCCGAACCCAUACACUCCCUCUCAACAAUCAACCAGAUCUUCAUCCGUCUCGAGACACAAGCGGGGACCGUCACCUUCAGCACAAAACGGCAGCUCGUCUCCCCAGAUCACGACUUUGGACCGGAUGGCUACGACGAAGAUAUCCCCAGUACAUUCACUUCAGCGAAGAUGCGCGAAACGCACUAGAAUACAUCCGUACAGUAGGUUCCCAAGCACCGCGUAUAUAUUCCCUCAUAAUCGGAGAGGACGAAUUACGAAAUUUUACAGCGUCCAUCCGCACCAUCGCCGCACCAUUUAGUACCCAACCAUUCGUUGAGAAAUCAUGUCGCGGAGAUCGUCGAGCUUGUCGAGGAGUUCGCCAAUGCAUCUUCCCCCUCACCUCCUCGUGGAAGCAAAUCUCCUCACUCCACCCCCCUACAAAUAAAGGUAAAUGGGUUAUCUUCAGUCUAGACAUCGGCCUCAUCGGCCUCAUUGUGCCCUUGUAUUUCGUAGUGGGAAAAAGUAGAGAUCACGGGAUACGCAUGAAAGCGAUUAAGCUUCUUAGGAGCAGUAAAGAUGUUAACAGAAACAUUUGCCUGUCUGCACUUGUACUAUAAGUAUGUCAACCUAGACCAAAGGAAAAUA